UAAAAUAGAUUCAACAGUGCAUCUAUCAAUCAGUGGAAAUUUCUAUGCUACUAUCACAGAAUGUCUAAGAACACAGGGACGCAUUGCGAGAACACCGAAGAGAACGUGUCUCCGCCACCGGAAAAAAGGAAUUCGACCAUGAGAAGGAGGCAGAACGGGGAGGACAAGGUCAUCAAGUUCCGCUGCGAUUUCCCCUCGACGCAGGUUAAGGUGAUGCUGGCCAGAGGAUGGAUCCAGAUAACGGAUCCCAAUGACCAGAAUUGGCAUAUCUGGUGGUGCGAAACCAACGACGUUCGUCAGGCUCUAGACUUGAAGCUUGCCUCGCAUCAAAAGAUACCUCAUUUUCGAAACCAUUACGAAUUGACACGGAAGAAUUAUCUUUACCGAAAUUUGAAACGAUACAAGAAAGCGUUGCUGAAGUCCAGCAAAAUCGACGAAGCCGAAUUGUGCGAUUGCAUGCCGUUGACUUUCGAGCUACCGAAUGAUUAUAGACUGUUCACGGAGGAAUAUCACAAGCAACCAGGCGCCACGUGGAUAGUGAAACCCGCAGGGAGAUCACAGGGUAGAGGUAUCUUUCUAUUCAGAAAGCUGAAGGACUUAUCCGACUGGCGUAGCAAGGAGUUUGGCCAGCAACAGCUGGAAACAACGCCGGUCGAGACUUUCAUCGUGCAGAAAUACGUGGAGAAUCCUUACCUCUUGGCAGGCAGAAAGUUCGACCUACGCAUUUACGCUCUGGUAACCUCGUUCCACCCGUUGAAGGCUUGGUUGGCCAGGGAAGGUUUCGCGCGUUUGUCGGGCGAGCUGUUCGACUUGGAGAACAUCGACGACAGCAGGGUACAUCUGACGAACAUGGCUAUUCAGCUGAAGAUACCAGGAAACGAGAAUAGAGAACAGAUGAAGAAGGGAUGCAAAUGGGCGUUGAUCAAAGUCAGAGAAUUCUUGACUGCCAGGCACGGGGUAGCUACCGUCGAAGUUUUGUUUCAACGAAUCGCUGGCGUGAUAAUGGCCAGCCUUCUGGCGGUGCAGACCGUGAUAAUGCAGGGGAAAAACUCGUUCGAGCUGUACGGCUACGAUAUACUGCUCGACGAGGAACUUACACCGUGGUUGCUCGAGGUGAACGCCUCGCCGGCGCUGACCGGCACGGACAGCGAGGAUUAUCGGCUCAAGUUCGAUCUGCUCGACGACACGCUGAACGUGCUCGAUUUCGAGGGCCGUUUCUGCGGCAGGGAGAGUCGUAUCGGCGGAUUCGAUCUCCUGUGGAACGACGGCCCGGUGUGGACCACUUGCCCUAAUCCGUCGAUUUGCGGCGAGGCACAUACCGACCUGAGAAAGCUAAACAUUUUCCUCGGGGCGAAAAACGAUCGAAUCGGACAACUGCGUCAACUGAAGGAAUGCCUCGACGGAAGACGAAGCAGGUCGCAUAGUUGCAACGCAACGGGUGAACGAACUAAGAAUUGUAAACGUUCUUUACAAGAUCCGGUUAUUUAACACAUGAA